AUGGUACAAGAGUUUACGCGUGGUCAGGUUGCGUCUCACAGCAGCAAAGAUGAUCUAUAUUUGAUCAUCCGUAACAAGGUGUAUAACGCCUCUGAAUUUGUGGAUGAACAUCCGGGCGGCGAAGAGGUAAUUUUGGAAAACGCCGGCCGUGAUGCUACGGAGGCGUACGAGGAUGCCGGUCACUCAGAAGAAGCGGAUGAUAUCCUUGUUGAUCUCUUCGUCGGCGAAUUAAGUGCUAAUCCUGAUGCUUGGCAUCCCGGUGCAGUCGUUGAAACUUCCAGACCGGUAACAGGAUCUAGUAAGCAAGGUCCCACGAUCAGCCAACUUCGAAAGGAAGCCACGGACCCUGCUCCAAAUGGUUUGAGUUCGUUUCUCGUACGUGAGUCAUUCCAGGAGACUGAGCUUGUUGAGAAAACAUGCAUCUCGCACAAUGUGGUCAUUUGCCGUUUCAAACUUCCGCAAUCAAACCAAACUUUGGGUCUGCCAACAGGCCAGCAUUUGUCAGUCGGAGCCAUUUUGACCCAACCGGAUGGCAACGCAAAAGAAGUCAUUCGAUCAUAUACACCCAUUUCGAAGAGUCACGAAGCUGGAUAUUUUGAACUUCUCGUUAAAUCGUAUCCGAAAGGGAAUAUUUCAAAGCACAUUGCAUCACUUGAGCUAGGCGAUAAGAUACGUGUACGAGGUCCGAAAGGUGCUUUUCAUUACACGCCCAAUAUGGUGCGACAUAUUGGCAUGGUUGCUGGCGGCUCAGGCAUUACCCCGAUGCUUCAGAUUAUACAAGCUGUACUUGGAGGUCGGUCCAAUGGUGACACAACUGAAAUCGACUUCAUCUUUGCAAAUGCCGGCCUUGAGGAUAUCCUUUUAAUGGAGCGCCUUGAUGCUCUUGCUGAGAUGGAUCAAGGUUUCAGGGUCCAUUAUGUGCUGGAAAAGCCCCCAUCUCAGUGGAAUGGUCGGGUUGGAUACGUUACUGCUGACAUGAUCUCGGAACUACUUCCGAAACCCGCUAGAGAUGUCAAGAUCCUUGUAUGCGGCCCUCCACCAAUGGUAAGGAGCCUAAAGAUUUCGUUUGAGGAUCUUGGUUUUGAAAAGCCGCUUGCGGCGGACAAUCCCGGGAAUCAAGUUUUUGUUUUCUAG